CUUUGAUAGGCAACUAGAAAUGCUUAAAACCUACGAGUGUGUUGCCUAUGAUGUUUUCUUAAGCAUUACAAGUUGUAAUUUACAACGUGGUGAUGGUUGCCUUUAUUCCAGCCCAAAUCUUGUGGGUGGGAUCAUUGAUUAUUUUGUAAAGUGUGUUAUUUCGUUCGCGUUCCGAUGUUUAUAGAUGUUAAACUGUAUAAUCAUGUACCUAGAUGAAUAAGAAACCAAGAAGCAAUAGUUUGUAUUGUUUUAAACGUUUUCCUUUUGAUUAAAUUGUACGUGAAGACAAGAAAUAGAGAGUAGAUACUUGUGACAUUUGGCUGCCAACCACCGGUUGAAAUUGGCAACAAGAAAAAAGCACACAAGAAAAGAAAGACUGACUUGACUAACGAGCAAGGAAUUUUAUUUGCACAAAUUUCGGUGUCUUUAGUUAUGUAAAAUUUGACUCGUGUAAAUAGCCAAGAUGAAUAAAAUGUCGAAAAAUAAGCUAAACCUAACUCUGCCACCAGGAUCUAUAGAUCAAACGCCGACCGUAACCCCAACAAAUCCAAAUUAUCAGGAACAAAACUCCAAGCCUGCCUUAAACCGUGGUAACAGCAUUGAUAAUUUAACAGCUCGUCUAGAGGAACUAGAUAUGGAUGACACCCAGCGCAAACGAAUCGAGUGGUUUUUGUGUCAGAAAGAGAAAAUCGGAGGAGAUCUGAGCGAUGAUGACUUUGAAAAGCUGGGUGAACUGGGCUCAGGAAAUGGAGGUGUUGUAACAAAAGUUCUACACAAAUCCAGCGGUCUAGUGAUGGCACGAAAGUUGAUUCAUUUAGAAGUAAAACCGCCAAUAAAAAAGCAAAUCAUUAGAGAAUUAAAAGUUCUGCAUGAAUGCAACUUUGCCCACAUAGUAGGCUUCUACGGGGCCUUCUACAGCGACGGCGAAAUCAGUAUUUGCAUGGAGUACAUGGACGCAGGGUCGCUGGAUUUAAUUUUGAAAAAAGCGGGGAGAAUCCCCGAAAAUAUUUUGGGUAAAAUAACUUCGGCUGUGUUAAAAGGAUUAAGUUACUUAAGAGAUAAGCACGCAAUAAUGCACAGGGACGUGAAGCCCAGCAAUAUUUUGGUAAAUAGUAGUGGAGAAAUAAAAAUUUGUGAUUUUGGCGUGUCUGGACAACUCAUUGAUUCCAUGGCCAAUUCUUUUGUUGGAACUAGAAGUUACAUGUCGCCUGAAAGGUUGCAAGGGACUCACUACUCAGUCCAAAGUGAUAUCUGGUCAUUGGGCUUGUCUUUAGUUGAAAUGGCCAUCGGUAUGUACCCCAUUCCGACGCCCGACCAAAAAACCCUCGAAGCAAUAUUUGGGCGUCAGGACAACUCUCAGGAUUCCUAUGCCGAUCAUACAAAAGCGCAACCAAGACCGAUGGCCAUUUUCGAACUCUUAGACUACAUCGUUAACGAACCCCCUCCUAAACUACCAGCAAAUGCCUUCACCGACGAUUUUAAAGAUUUCGUCGACAGAUGUUUGAGAAAGAAUCCUGAAGAAAGGGCCGACCUCAAAACACUCAUGAAUCAUAAUUGGAUAAGGAAUGCAGAAUCAACAAAUGUAGAUAUAGCGAGCUGGGUAUGCGUCACCAUGGAUAUUCAACCGCCUCACAAAUCAUAAUUGUAACUAAUAUUUUUUGAAAAUCAGUCAAUAUUUAAUAUGCAUAUAAUAUAUAAUUUAAAAUCUAAUAAAUUAAAAAAAAAAGUAUUUGUAAAUAAGUGAUGCUAUUUUAAAACUAUAUAUUUAAAUAAAACAAAAUUUAUUUAUUUAUAUUACGUAUUCAUUGUAUGUUCCAAAAAUUCAAAUUUCUUCUUAGAUAAAUAUAUAAGUAAUUAUUACAAAUUUAUGUUGUGUUUAUUUAUGUGUUAUAAUUAUAGAUAUAAUAUUUGCCAAUAAACUAUUUUAUCAUU